UAGUUUUGUGGACUCUCAUUUAAAAAGUCUUGGUUCAAAGUCAAUUCAGAAUGAAGAUAAUUCUUGUGGUGACACCCAUUGGAAAGCUGCAAAAAUGGUCUCCAAAUCAAAGAAAAACCAAGAUGAGACUGGACUUGAAGUUGCUGGAUGCAGGCACUUGAUUGCUCAAGCUACUUUGAACAUGUUCAGAGGUGAAAUUUAUGGCUGUGCUCACUACUUGCAUAUGAAUUUUUUACAACCACAUAAAGUUAAAUAUAUGUGGGAAGAUAUUAUAUGCAAAUAUUGGCCUUGGGCUUUACGUGUUACAUCGGAAGAAAAUCAAAAUGCUUUAAGAAAUAUUGCACCAGCACUGUCUAUAAUGCAUGGGAAAUCACACAGUUGGUCAUGUCAGGUUAUUUGGAGCGGAAGAUGGCAAAGUGGUGCGGCAGCAACUUCUGGCGAAGAAGUUGAGCAAAUAAAUUCGUAUUUAUCAAGACUUGGCUCGACUACUAAAAAUAUGACGGCCUCCGGACGAGAAGAACAUCUGAACAUCUUCUGA